GCGACGCCGACCUGCAGCGGGACGUGGAGACCUUGCCGUACGCCGUCGUCGACCGGGACGGGAUGCCGUACGUCCGGGUGGAGGUGGGCGAGGACGACGUGCGGUUGCUCAGGCCCGUGGAGAUCACUGCCGCGGUGUUCGCAGACAUGAUGGAUAGGGCGGCGGCCCACCUGGGCAGGAAGGUCACGCGGGCGGUGCUCACCCUGCCCGCCCACUACACCGACGCGCAGCUGUACGCUACCAAGGAGGCCGGCAUCCUCGCCGGCCUCGACGUCCUCCGCUUGGUAAGGGAGCCCGUCACCGCCGCCAUCGCCUACGGCCUCGACAAGCAUAGGGGCGACGCGAGGAACAUCCUCGUGUUCGACCUCGGCGGCAGCACGCUCGACGUCGCCGUGCUCACCCUCGACCAAGGCGUGUUUGAGACCAUGGCGAGCCGCAGCGACGCCCACCUCGGCGGUGACGACUUCGACCGGCGAAUCGCGGGCUACUUCGUCGAGCUGAUCCAGCGGAAGCACGGCCGGGAUGUGACCGGCGAUGACCGCGCGAUGCACAGGCUGCUGCGGGAGUGCGAGCGCGCCAAACGGGCGCUGAGCGACCAACACCAUGUGCUCGUGGAGCUCAAGGCGGUGUUGGAUGGCGUCGACCUAUCGGAGACGCUCACCAGGGUGCUGUUCGAGGAGCUCAACCAAGACCUCUUCUUGAAGACGAUGGCUCCGUUGAACAAGGCCUUGGAGGACGCCAAGCUGGAGAAGGGAGACAUCGACGAUGUCAUCCUCAUGGGCGGCAGCAGCAGGAUCCCCAUGGUGCGGCAGCUUGUCAAGGACUACUUCGACGGCAAGGAGCCCGUCAACGUCGACGGGAUCAACCCUGCCGAGGCCGUCGCCUACGGGGCCGCAGUACAGGGGAGCUAUCUGACCGGACACCAUGACGACGACGACACAGGGCCGGCCCAUAGGCCGGGGCAACGGGGCGACCGCCCUAGGCCUCUGGGAGGGAUAGUUGACGUGCCGCAGCCCGCUAUCGACAUCGAAGCCGCCGACGGGGCCAUGGUGAAGCUGAUCCGGAGGGAUGCCGGCUACCCGGCAAAGGGGACGCAUGUCAUCACCACGUACUGGGACAAGCGGAGCACCAUGACAAUCAAGGUUAUAUGGAACUGGGGAAGGCGAGAAAUCGAGGUGACCAUCGAGGUGGACGAGGCGGGCACGAUCCACGCCGAGGCGACGGACAAGGCCUCCGGCAAGACGGCCAAGACCAGCUAUGGUUCUCAUCAUCGUCGGUUUAGUCAGGAAGAGUUCGACGCUAUGAUGCGUGAAAUGGACGAGUUCACUAGGGACGGCAAAGCUAGGUUGGAGGCCUACGUGCACAGCAUCAAGGAGACCCUUGUCGCUACUGGUGACAUGGAGCUGGAGGAGAAGAAGAGGGGGGAGGUGGAGGGUGAGGUGAUGACGGGCGUGUGCGACCCGGUCAUCUCGGCCAUGCAGACAAGGUUGGGAGAUGGCCUCGAUGACUACGAGGAUGAGCUUUAGGUCGUUGGAUGGCAAUGGCCCUGAAAAUAACCAUGGUUAGCAUUAAUCGAUUAAUUAAUCAAUUCAUCA